AUGUGCUUGACUGUCCACUUUAUUGAUAAUAAUUGGAAAUUACACAAAAGAAUUCUGAAUUUUUGUCCUAUUGCUAGUCAUAAGGGUGAUGAUAUUGGCAAAGAAAUUGAAAAGUGUUUGCUUGAUUGGGGGCUUGAAAAUGUCAUGUGCAUAACAGUUGAUAAUGCUAGCUCAAAUGAUACUGCAAUUGGGUAUAUGAGAAGGAAAAUAAAUGGGUGGAAAACUGGGGUUCUUACGGGUCGUUUCCUUCACAUGCGUUGUGUUGCACACAUUGUCAAUUUGGUUGUUUCUGAUGGGUUGAAAACUGUUAAUGAGUCGGUUCAACGUGUUAGGCAUGCUGUUAGGUUUAUCAAACAAUCUCCUGCUAGGUUGCAAAGGUUUAAAAAAUGUGUCUUAGAUGAAAAAAUCAACACAAAAAAGGGAUUGUGCCUUGAUGUGCCUAUUAGGUGGAACUCCACCUAUUUGAUGUUGAAUGCUGCUAUUGAGCUUCAAGAUGCUUUUGAGAGGUAUUCUGGGGAAGACCCUCACUAUGUAGUUGAUUUGAAUGAGAGGGAUGGUAAGGGUAGCCCAGAUUCUGAUGAUUGGAAUAAUGUAAGAAGACUUUCUGAAUUUCUACAAGCCUUUUAUGAUCUGACCUUGCAUGUCUCUGGCUCUUUAUAUGUCAGUUUGAAUUUGUUUUUUCAUGAAUUGGUGAGUGUUGCUGUACUUAUGAAAGAUUUGGUUUCAAGUGAUGAUGUGGAUAUGUGUCUUAUGGCUUGUAGAAUGAAAGAAAAAUAUGAAAAGUAUUGGGGUGAUCCAGAAAAAAUAAACCUCCUGAUUUUUAUUGUCGUUGUCCUUGAUCCUCGUUAUAAGCUUGAUUAUGUUGAGUGGAUGAUAACUGAAAUUUAUGACCCUAUUGUUGCAUCAAAUAUCGUGUUUCUUCUGGUAAUGAUGUGA